AUGAAGGACAAGACGUGUCCUAAAUCAUUCCAACACUUGGCAAGGGCAAACAUCCCGCCGGAUGAGACAUUUGUGAAAGAUAUAAAACAAAUCAAAGAAGAAACAGAACAAGGCUUCAUCUACGCCCUCCUACAGUACCACAAAAGACGCCUAAACUGCCAAGAGAACAAACUUAAAAAGGCUAAGCUCUCAAAAAAUACUAGCACAUUUGCUAGCACUGAUGUAAAUAGGUCGAUGCGAGAACAGUCGCACUCGGCGAACACAGAAAACAUUGUUAACCACGAUGUAAAUAAGGUAGAUAAACUGCAGCAAGAAUUCAACGAGCUCAAGCAAAUAUUGUACACA